CAUUUGCUGUUCUGUGCUCCGCGAGCGUAAGCUAAAGGCAAGCAAGUUGUCAUUUCAGUGUUGGUUUUUAAGCUCAACGUCAAUAGAAACGUAAUACCGGUGUUUUAAAUUUAAAGGUGGCCGACAUCCUUCAAUAAAAAUCUAAGAAAUGAGUACCCCUGUUAAAAAGGUUCCAAUUCAUUUACAGAGCUCCCAGAACCGACUCCUUAUCAAAAAUGGGAAAAUAGUAAACGAAGAUGAUAUAACGGAAGAAGAUGUUUAUAUCGAAGACGGCGUGAUCAAAGAAAUUGGACGAAAUUUAAUUAUACCAGGGGGAACCAGAACGAUCGAUGCACGUGGGAGGUACAUCUUACCAGGUGGUAUCGAUCCCCACACACAUUUCGAAUUCGAAUUUAUGGGUGCCAAAACGGUUGAUGAUUUUUACCAAGGGACCAAAGCUGCCGUAGCUGGCGGAACUACCAUGAUUAUCGACUUUGCAUUUCCAAAACCUGGCGAAUCGAUAUUAGACUGUUUCUACGAUUACCGACAAAAGGCUGAUGAUAAAGUCUGUUGCGAUUACGCGCUUCAUAUCUGUCUACCUCACUGGUCUGAACAAAUAAAAAAAGAAAUGGAAAUUCUUUGUAAAGAACACGGCGUCAAUUCUUUUAAAAUGUUUAUGGCCUACAGUUUCAUGUUCACCGAUGCUGAAUUGUAUAGCGCUUUCGACCAUUGUCAGAAAUUAGGGGCCAUCGCACAAGUUCACGCUGAAAACGGCGCAAUUAUCGUUAAAAAUGUAGAAAGACUUUUAGCUAAAGGAAUUACCGGCCCUGAAGGCCACGAACUAUCAAGACCGGAAGAAGUUGAAGCAGAAGCGGUGAAUAGGGCUUGCGUGAUUGCCAAACAGGUAGACUGUCCUUUAUAUGUAGUGCAUGUGAUGAGUAAACUGGCUGGCAAGGCUUUAAACCAAGCACGUGAACUUGGCACUCAAGUGUAUGGUGAAACUUUAGUAGCUGCCAUUGGUUCUGAUGGUUCACAAUGUAAACACGCGUGUUUCGAACAUUCGGCCGGUCACAUACUUAGCCCUCCCUUAAGGUCAGACCCUACUACGUCGCUUGCUUUAGUGAACUUCUUAGCACAGGGUGUGUUGCAAGUAGUAGGAAGUGACAACUGCACGUUCAACAAGGCCCAAAAAGAACUCGGGAAAGACAAUUUCAGUAAGAUCCCGAACGGAGUUAAUGGGGUCGAAGAUCGAAUGUCAGUUGUCUGGGAGAAAGGUGUGCAUUCUGGUCUAAUAGAUCCGAAAAGAUUUGUGGCAAUUACUAGUACGAACGCUGCAAAAAUAUUUAACUUGUACCCCAGGAAAGGAAUUAUAGCUGUGGGAUCUGAUGCCGACAUUGUCGUUUGGAAUCCUAACGCGACCAGAACUAUUUCAGCGAAGACACACCAUCAAGCAGUCGAUUUUAAUAUUUUUGAGGGGAUGGUGUGUCAUGGGGUACCUGAGUACGUAAUCGUGAACGGUAGAGUCUGUGUUGAUGAAAGUCAGUUGCGGGCAGUCCAAGGCUUCGGAAAAUAUAUCGACACUCACGUCUUCCCGCCUUACGUUUACGCGCCUGAUAAAGUCGCCGAGCUAAAGCCACAGAAAAACGGAACUGUGGAUGAAGAAAUCGAAAAUAUCCAAGAAAUUAGAAAGAUACAUCUAGCCGAGAAAGCGUGCCCUACACCGACAUUGCCCGAGUCAGUUGUUACCACUCCGUCUUGCAGAGGGGCCCGGCCCGAAGGACAAAGAAAUAUUCAAGACUCUACCUUCUCAAUAAGCGAGGAAAUGGACGUGGAGCACAAAUCGUGCAUUCGCGUGAGGAAUCCUCCGGGCGGCAAAUCGUCCGGGUUUUGGUAAACGGGAUCCCAAAAUUGGUGACUUCGCCCUCAUAACUCGCGCUUUUGACCGUAUUGGCUUAG